GGCCGACCCCUCGCUGCUCCGCGGCGGCGCGACGGCGUUCGUGCGCGAGUGGCUCCGGGGCCUGCCGCGCGCCGAGGCUGCCGACAGCACGCCCGUGGACCCCGAGCCGGUGUCGGUGUGCUACCCCCCAGAAGCAAGGGCCACCCCGACCGGCCACGAGCUGCCCGAGGGGCUCAAGGUCUUCGUGGCCACGCCCGCGUACGGCGGGUUCGUCACGGUGGACUACAUGACGGCGGUGGUAAACUUGGUAGCGCAGGUGAAGGAGGUCGCCUGGCGGCUGCAGCUGCAGUCCAGUGAGUCCAUCAUCACCGUUGCGCGCAACAAGGCCGCCAUGGAGUUCCUGGAGUCGGAUUGCACCCACCUGCUCUUCCUUGACGCCGACGUGGCCUUCAGUCCGGAGACGAUCCGCAACCUGCUGAGGCAGGACCGUGACGUGAGUUUGGUGCCGUACCCCGCCAAGAACCUCAACGAGCAGAAGAUGCAGGACGCCGCCGCGCGCAGCGGCUCCGCGGCGCGGCUGCGCGACGGCCUGCACUUCGUGCUGCACGCGCAGCACCACAAGGUGCAGGACGCCCUGGACCGCGGAAGCUCCUUCUCCGAGGUCGACGCGGGGCCGACUGGCUGCAUGCUCAUCCGCCGGGCCGUUUUCGAGAGCAUGCAAGAGGCGCACCCCGAGCUGGCAUGCCGCUGGACCGGCACCAGGGCUGGGCGACUGGUGACCCAUCAGAGCAUCGCCUUCUGCCGCCGCUGGCGGGACCUCGGGGGCACGGUCUGGGCCGACCUGGGGGCCACGACCUCCCACGUGGGGCGCUACGCCUACACAGGCGCAAGUCCUACAGGGCUGACCGCGGUUAACGCGGCGUCGCUGAGUGGCUGUUGGCGAUGCAAAGCCGUGCCUGGCUUCGUCGUGUGCACGGGCUGCCGGUACCGCGGGAACUUCCGCUCGAACGCGAAGUGCUGGCUGUGCGGGAUCGGGCUGGAGCUGGCGCACUCGAAGCCUUCGCCCCGCGUUGGGGUCUGGGCGGACGGUGGCGGCGGCGGACCCCAACUCGCACAUCGCGGCGGCGGCGGCAGAGGCCCACCGAAGAAUGGAGCCAAGGGCGGCAAGGGCGGCAAGGGCCGCGGUGCAGCCUACCGUGGUGGCGGCGGUGCAGUCUCCCGUGGCGGCGGCGGGGGUGGCGCGGGCUGCCGUGGCGGAGGCGCCUUCCCGAGGGCCCCCUGGUCGGCCUUGCCCGAGAGCGAGCUCGACGCGCUCCUCGCCUGUGGGGACCCAGCCAUCGCAGCCAGGCUGCAGGAGGCGGUCCGCGAAGCGCGGAGCUUUGUCGCGCCCGCGGUCGCCCCAGUGCCGAAGCCGCUCGAGCAACGUCUGGAGUCGGCCACGGCGAAGCGGAUCAACCUCCAGCGCCAGCUGGAUGAGGCGGCGGACGCGCUCGUGGCGGCGGAGGACCACCUCGCUGAAUGCCGCGGCUGGCGCGACGAGGCUGCGGGCAGCCUCGCGGAGGCCAAGGAGGAGGAGAACGCCCUCCUGCGCCAGCGUGCCCAAGCGGCGGGCGUCGUGGGAGCCCAGCCCGACGGCGCGAGGCAGCUCACCUUCAACUUUGACGCGGAGUCGUUUGACAACUUCGCCGAGCUGGAGGAGGAGGCGCAGGCCGCCCUCAGGCGCCUCUGCGAUGAGGGGCUCCAGAUCAUGCAGGGCGCGCAGGCUACGUUCGAGCGCAACUGCCAGGAGCACCAGCAGCGCAUCAAGCGCCAGAUCGCGGAGGAGGUGGCCAAGAAGCGCAAGCGCACCGAGGAGGGGCCUGCAGCAGCCGUGGCCCCUGGCACCCCCGUGCAGGGCGCGGGCGCCCCGCCGCAGCCUGCAGGGCAGGCGGCCGCCCCUGCUGCCCCCGCCGCCCCCGCCGCAGACGCUGCGCCUGGAGCUGGGACUCCCCCAGCGGCAGCGAUGGAGAGCCGAGCGGCAGACGAGGCGGCCCGCCAGCGCGCUGCCGACCAGAAGGCGGCGGCGGCGCCGGGCGGCGGCCUGCCCGCCUACAAGGCGGCCAACGUGGCGACCGACGCCUGGGUCGAACUUCCCUUCAUUGUGCCGCUGCUGCGCCAGGAACGGCGCUUCGGCGUCGUGCGCCACGACACCAAGUUCGAGGCGCUCAGCAGCAGGAGGCUCAAGGAGUCCGUCGAGACCGCGGAGCUCCACCUGACCGACCAGUUCGGCAUCUCCGAGGGUGAGUGGUACCAGGGCAGGGCCAAAGGACCCCGCUCUGUCAAGAAGAAGCAGGCGGACCAGCAGCGCAGGAAGGCGGUCAGGAAGCUCAGCCCCCUCACCAGUUGCCGCCUCCGCCUCGGGAGGAUCGCCAGACAGCUCAGAGCGGCUGCUGCGGGCUGCUCACCCCCUGUGGGGCACGUAGGCUACAUGAAGCACCUGGGGCAGGUGGCCAGGGGCUUGGGGCACAAGUUCGAGCAGGCGGGCAGCACCGCGUUCGAAGACAAGAAGCUCGUCUCGCUGAAAGAGGUGACCCAGGUGCCCACUGUGCAAGGGCAGGCCUUCCUGCGGGCGAUCGAAAGAGCGUUGGCGUCACACAGGGGCCUCCACGGCGACGGCGACUACCAGCAGGACGAGUUCGGCUGCUGCUUCGCCCUGCGGUACUCCUCCGCCCUCUUUGCGGAGAAGGACAAGGAGAAGGACAGGAAGGAGGCAGCGCCCGUCGCGGUGGCUGGCGUUGGCGACGGCGAGGCGCAGGCCGCGGCGGCUGACGGCGGCCCCCUCCUCGCCACGGCGGCGGCCCUGGCAGCAGAGGCGGCAGCGGCAGCUUCCUGCUCGCGGCCGUCGCCCGCGAGGCGCCGCCCCGCCUCGGCCGAUUGGCCCGCGGAGGUGCUGCGCCGAGCACCCCAGCGCAGGGCGCAGGUGCAGUCGAGGCGCCGCGAGGCCUCGGCGCCCGCGCCCAGCCCGCGGCGGGCGGCGGCAGCGGCGGCCUGCAGCGGCCCAGCCCCUGAGGCGGCGGCUGAUGCGGCCCGCCCAGCGGGAUUGAGGGUCUACGGCCACCUCACACGGGGGUCGCGCGUCGAGGGCAACGGCUCCGAGCCCCCCCUGGUAUGCUCAGCGUGCUGGGGGUACUGCCGCCUCCCCAGGCGCGCGCAUCGCGGCCUGGCCAUGCCGUGUGGGGCCAGCGCGGCGGCUGGGCAGCCCGCGUCCCUGAGGGGCUCCCGAGCCCAGGCGCGGACGGACUUCGCACGGGGCACCCUGCCUGCGUCCAAGGAUCCGUUCGCGCCGCUGUCCCCGCCGAUGGAGAGCACGCGCCUGUGCUGGGCGACGGCACUCCAGGCCAGGCUGGGCCACUGGGCGGAGGAGCAGGCACUCGCGGCGGCGCCCGUGCCAUCGCAGCGGCAGCCUGCGGCCGCCCCGCCCCCGCCACCUGCGGCUGGCGAUGGGGGCCAGGCGGCAGCGCCGCCGCGCGCCGCGGCGCCGCGGCGCCUGGUCGCGGCGGCCCCGCGGGCGGAGGCCGAAGAGCCGCGGCAGGUCCGCCCUGGGCUCGAGGGCGCCCUCUGCGCCCGCGGCUUCGCAGUUGCUGCGGCGGCCCGCGGGCGCGAGAGAGCCGCGGGGUCGGCGGCCGCCCGCGCACGCUCGGGCGCCGCGGCGAGUCCUGGCGCCGCGGCGGGCGCCACCGACGCCGCGGAUCUCGGCGCGCCGGCCCCGCCGCGGGGCGGCCUGGCACACGCGCCGCGCCCGGCGCUGGAGGAGGACGAGGACCUCGGCGGCGCGGUUGGGCUGGACUCCAACGUGGUGGCCCUCCUGGUGGCGGCCGUGGCGAUCUGGCUAUCUCCCGGCACGUGGGGAUCCUGGUGGCCUUGGCAGCCGGGCCAGAGCCUGCUGGGACAGGGCCCCCUCGGCUUCGGCGGGGGCCCCCUCGGCGCGGCGGCGGCCCCGCUCCUCGGCGGCGCCCCCGGCGCGGCCGGGCGCGGGCGCCUCGUCGACGUGAAGCCCGGCGAGCUGAGGGGCGCAGGCUGGCCGCGAGCGGGCGCCCCGGGGGCGCCCGCGGCGCUGGGGUGGGGCGCCGGCGUCGCCCGAGGCGCGGAGCCGCAGCAGCCGAGCGGCUCGUGGGCCAGUCCGGUACCCUCGCCGUACUCCAGCGCCACGGGCGGCCUGCUGAGCGGCCUCCUGGGCGGCGGGGGCGCCCCCGGAGGCGCCGCGGGGGCGUGGCCCGGAGCGUGGCCUGGACGGCCAGGCGCCCCCGCGGGGGCGCACCUCGGCGGAGCUGGGCACGGGCACGCGGGCGCGGCGGCGCUGCCGUCGGAGGCGGACACGCUCGAGACGUACGCCUCCUUCGGGCUCGAGCUGCAGAAGUGGGCCCCGGCGCUGGCAGCGGUCGUCGACCGAGACAUCGUCGAGCCGCUGGCGCGGAUGCUGGAGGAGAGCGACCGCCUCUGGCAGCAGAGCCUGCUGCCCCUUGGCAUGAGGCUGAGCUUCGAGGCGCCCGUGGCAGGGCAGAGGCCCUCCAGCCAGGAGCUCAGCGUAUUCGACAGGAACCUGCCGCCCCUGCUCGCCAGGGACCAGGGCGCGGUUGACCUGUGGGCCAAGCGGCAAGAGCUUGAGAUGUUCCUGGUGCACCCCAGCUUCGAGCCCGCACAGCGCGCCCACGUGCUCGAGCGCCUCCGGGAGUGGCGCCAGCGCGGCGUGCUGAGCGCCAUGAGAUACGAUUCCAGGCCGAGCGACAGCAUGCCCACCGAUGCCCACAUCCUGGAGAACAUCGUCGUGAAGAUGCUCCAGAGGCACCUCGACUUCGCCGACUGCUUCAUGGCGUCGGGGCUCUCGCCGCCGCAGAGCAAGCACCUGGGCCAGUCGGCCACGGCCUACAUUCGCCAGGCGACGGACCAGACCUUGACGCCACGCCCGCCGCCCCACUACGAGGUGGUGACCCUGCAGAAGACGUGGAAGUUCCGGCCAGGCAACGCCAACCUCCUGGAGGUCCUCGCCCUGCUUCUGCAGGCGCUGCGGCGGAACUCCAGGUCCUACCAGUCCUUCCCCCAAUCGUUGCGCGCCGCCGUGGAGCCCGAGGCGGGCUGGCAGGGGCCCGAGGCGCGGAGGAGCCCCGCGCCGUGGUCGCUGUGA